AUGGAAUCUGGAGUCUCACGGUGGACUAGCACGUGUCAAGCUUCGCCUGUUCCUCUGUUCAUGGAUUUCCGUUUGCUUCGAUACACUGCUUCGAAUCAAGAUUACCUUGUCUGUCUCACAGCAGUACAUCCUGAUGGACGGGACUGCUAUUACGCUGCCAUCUGGAAACUCGCCAACGCAUCUGGUUUUGUUUUAUCCAAGGACCCAACACUAUCCAACUCACCCUUCGUACCCAUCGGUGAGACACCAUCAUCUCCUAGGAUACGCUUGCCCAUGGCUCCGAGACCACAUGGACAAAACACCGCUUGCACUCUGGGACUACUGCGCUCCCCUUCGACUGUUGACUCUGAGGAUUUUCGAACCGCCCCUACAUGCAUUACGAACCUGGAGCUUCACAUAUCUGAAUCGCGGAUCUAUACUGGAACGUCGACACCUAUUCCCCACUGGGCUUUCUCCUGGCAAGAUCUUUUUGAUCUGCGCUCGCUUGGUCUGUCAACUCAUCACUCCGAACCUUGGAGAAACAGCACACUAACCCCCCUUUUCAGCGAUUACAGCUUCUUUCACGCACAAAUGGUGCCCUCAGGAAUGUUUUCCUUUUCUUCUCAAACAGGACCAUCGGACCCCUUGAGUGGUUCGUGGGAAACGACAGGAGAAGGUGCACAGAACUUUCAAGACUUCUCAGACAACGGAUCUGCCCACCCGGGAGAUUCCGAGGACUACUCUUUCCAAGUUGAUGGCCACAUCACGCCCAGAGGACAGGGCCAAACUACCGAGGAUAUGCAGAGCAAGUGGACUGCUCCCGCAACUGUUGGUGGCGAGCCCAUGCGGAGAGGAACUUCGCGCAGCUCAGCCGGAAGCCGCAAGCACCGGAUUUCCAAGGUCACAUCUCCCAAGGCACGACCCAGAAUUUCUGCUGCCGCGUCAGCUCAAGUAUCUGCUCAGCUGUCCUCCAUGGACCUCUCAGGUAAUGCUACGGUCUACGGACCUCAGCCCAGCGCCCAAAUGAUGGACGUGAACCCCUACUUCCUGGACACGGAUACGAGCGCCGUCUCGUCCCAAUGGUUUAACUCUAUGGAGCUCGGCAUGAUGCCCGAUGGCCUGCCCUCAGGCGAGCUGAACAUGCACGUUGUGCCUGCUCAGAUGCAGCUUGACCCGGACUCGAGCUUGGGUGCUCACUCUCCUUCUGCCUCCUGGAACUCUUUCAGCCCGUCAGAGUCGCACCUGUCUUCGCCGGCCGGAAGCACCGAGGAUUCGUGGCUGUCCGCCCCCCUCAUGUCUUCGCCGUCACACUCGGAGCAUGUCUCCCCCAUUAUUCAAAGCCAGUCUCCAAGCGCCAACGGGAAGUUUAUGAGCGACGAGCUCGCUGGAAGCGUUCUCACCAUUGUCGGCGACGCCGCACUUCCCGCUGCUUUCCCCAGUCGCCGGCCUACCAAUGAGGGUGAUACCGCCCGGGACCACCCUUUGUACAAGAAUGCGACCCCGCAAGCUGAUGGCUUGUUCCAUUGCCCAUGGGAAGGAGAAACCAGCUGCAACCACAAGCCCGAGAAGCUCAAGUGCAACUACGACAAGUUCGUGGACUCCCACUUGAAGCCCUACCGCUGCAAGAUUGACUCUUGCGAGAACGCCCGCUUCUCCUCCACUGCCUGCCUGCUUCGCCAUGAGCGUGAGGCUCACGCUAUGCACGGCCACGGCGACAAGCCCUUCCUGUGCUCCUACGAGGGAUGCGACCGUGCCAUGCCUGGCAAUGGAUUCCCGCGCCAAUGGAACCUUAAGGACCACAUGCGCCGUGUUCACAAUGACAACGGUGUUCCCGGAUCCCCUACCAGCAUCAGCAACAGCCAGCAGAGCUCCAAGGGCCGCAAGCGCAAGGAUGCGCCCAAGGCUGCCGUCGUUGGACCCGCACCACCCUCCCGCAAGGUCACUGCCAAGGCGGCCGUCGUGGAGGCUGCUGUCAAGGAGGAGCUCUCAUCCAAGCCCCUUAUCGAGGAGUGGAUGUCCCACCGCCAGGCUCUGGAGAACAUUGUUCGUGACCUCAACCAACCCGAGGACAUGAAGAACCCGCAGCUCAUCAAGGACGCCCACAACCUGCUGUCCGCCAUGGGCAAGAUCGGACACGACUUGAACACCGUUCAACCCAUGGAUUCCAAGGUACCAUUCCACCGCAACUACGUCCACGCCGGAUGA